CACCCGCGUUGGUUGACUCUUGAACGAGAAGAUCGUAGCAGUUCCAGUUCGCGAGUUUGAACCACGUUUUACGGUGGAUACUGGCAUCGCACGUUCGAAUUACUUGGUUACACAAUCGAACUGCAGAUUCAUCAUGAGCGAACGGGAAGUUGUGAUCGUCUCAGGAGCGAGAACGCCGAUUGGAUCGUUUUGUGGAUCUUUGUCUGCGUUGAAGGCAUCCGAUUUAGGAAGCAUUGUAAUCAAGGAGAGCUUGAAGAGAGCUAAUUUAGAACCGAAUGAUGUUUCUGAAGUAAUAUUGGGACAGGCGUUAACAGCGGCACAGGGUCAGAAUCCAGCGAGACAAGCAGCAAUGAAGGCAGGCCUGCCUAUAUCAGUGCCUGCAUAUCUAGUCAAUAUGCUGUGCGGCUCUGGGCUUAAAGCUGUGGCAAAUGCAUACCUCUCCAUCAAAGCUGGUGAAAAUGAAGUUGUAAUAGCAGGAGGACAAGAAUCCAUGAGUCAAGCUCCACACGCGAUUCACUUAAGGAAUGGUGUGAAAAUGGGUGACACGGGAAUGGUGGAUACUAUGAUACGUGACGGGCUGACAGAUGCGUUCAGCAACAUUCAUAUGGGAAUCACAGCUGAGAAUAUAGCAAAAAAGUUUGGUAUCAGUAGAGAGGAACAGGAUGAGUAUGCAGCUAAAUCACAGCAGAAAACUGAGGCUGCAGUGGCAGCUGGUCAUUUCGAUGACGAAAUUGUGUCCGUUACAAUACCGACCAGAAAAGAGCCAGUUGUUGUUUCUAAAGACGAAUUUCCCAAAGCUGGAACUACUGCAAAGGGUCUUGGAAAGUUGAAUCCAGUUUUCAUCAAGAACGAGGGUACGGUGACGCCUGGAAAUGCUUCUGGAAUAAACGAUGGCGCAGCAGCGGUAGUUUUGAUGUCAGCAGAAGCAGCUGUAAACAAAGGAGUCCAGGCACUAGCCAGAAUUGUAGCAAUUGCCCAAACUGGAGUAGAGCCAAACCUGAUGGGAACUGGGCCUAUUUCGGCUAUUGAGUUGGUUUUACAAAAAGCCAAGUGGACCAAAGAUGAAGUAGAUUUGUAUGAACUGAACGAGGCCUUUGCUGUUCAGUCCAUCGCCUGUCUCAGGGAACUUGAACUAAACAGGGUAAAAGUAAAUGUAAAUGGGGGAGCUAUCGCACUUGGCCACCCGAUCGGCGCUUCAGGAGCAAGAAUUCUAGUUACUCUGCUAUACUCGCUGGCACGCGUUGGUGGAAAAAAGGGGGUUGCCUCUUUAUGCAUAGGUGGUGGAAUGGGUAUUGCGAUUGCUGUAGAGCGAUUAUAACUUUCAAUAACAUUAGAAUUACUGAUAUUCUGAGUCGGAUAUAUCACAGUACUACUGUCACUGUGAAAAGUCAGUACCUUAACUAGAAAGUUAGAAAUAACUAUCUUAAUUAUGGAAUAUACGUAUAAAAAAAUUCAAUCAAUUAUUAUAAAUUAGAUGAAAUUACAAUAUUUUUUAUUCGUGGAC